CAGCUGCUCCCAACCCGCAAACCCGGGAGGGGGAGGAGCCGAGGAAUCGAAAGAGAAACCCGGCGGGAGCUGGCGGCCGGAGGCCGCGGGGAUGGAGCUGCGGGCGCUGCGGCUCCUCUGGCUGCUUUGCUGCUGUUUCUGCGGCGGCGGCCGCUCCGCGGACCCCCGCGCCACCUUCACAGCGACGGAGCCGCGGAGCCGCGAGCGACAGGCAGCCGCCUUCCGGGAAAGCCUUAAUAGACACCGAUACUUGAAUUCUGUAUUCCCUCGUGAAAACUCCAGUGCCGUCUAUGGAAUAAAUCAAUUUUCUUAUUUGUUUCCAGAAGAGUUUAAAGCAAUUUAUUUGAGAAGCAAAUCUUCCAGAUUGCCCAGAUACCCAGCAGAGGUGAAAACAUCCGUACCCAAUGUGUCUUUACCGUUAAGAUUUGACUGGCGGGACAAGCGUGUUGUAACCCAAGUGAGGAACCAGCAGACUUGUGGAGGCUGCUGGGCCUUCAGCGUGGUGAGUGCUGUGGAAUCUGCAUAUGCAAUAAAAGGGAAGCCUCUGGAAGACCUAAGUGUACAGCAGGUCAUUGACUGUUCAUAUAAUAAUUAUGGCUGCCAGGGAGGUUCCACUCUCAAUGCUUUGAACUGGUUGAAUAAGACGCAAGUAAAACUGGUGAGAGAUUCAGAGUACCCAUUUAAAGCCCAGAAUGGUCUGUGCCAUUACUUUUCUAAUUCGCAGUCUGGAUUCUCCAUCAAAGGUUAUUCUGCAUAUGACUUCAGUGACCAAGAAGAUGAAAUGGCAAAAGCACUUCUUACCUUUGGCCCCUUGGUAGUGGUAGUAGAUGCAGUGAGCUGGCAAGACUAUUUGGGAGGAAUAAUACAGCACCAUUGCUCCAGUGGAGAAGCAAAUCAUGCAGUUCUCAUAACUGGGUUUGAUAAAAUAGGAAGUACUCCAUAUUGGAUUGUGCGGAACUCAUGGGGAAGUUCAUGGGGAGUAGAUGGCUAUGCCCAUGUUAAAAUGGGAGGCAAUAUUUGUGGUAUUGCAGAUUCUGUUUCUGCUGUAUUUGUGUGAUAUGUUGGGCAGAUCAAGGGACAAGACAAAAAUGAAGGUUUAUAAUGAGAUGUAGCAAAGAACUCCAUUCUCAUCGUUGUUCGCCUUCAGGCCAUCAGCUCCAUGGCCAGGGAGAGAUCUGUGGAACAGUUUCUUGACUCUGGGAUGAAGGUCACUUUAAGAAUCUCUUCAAAUUGAAGAGGCUUUUAUCCGGUUUGACUGUUGUUUUUGUUUGCUUGUCUUUAAUGGUAUACUUCUAGUAGGAUUAAAGAAGGGAUAAGAAUUUCUUUUCCUCUGUAGAAUAUAAUCACCGGCCUUAGCUUACACUUAUAUACAAGAAUAGUCAGCCUAAAAUGAGGUGUGCUUCUCACAAUUAUAUUCACAGCCCUCGGAGAUGAAAUUUCUUAAGGAUUUUGAAAUUUCAAUUGCUUUACCUCCAUAAAAGAUGCUUACCCUUCAAACAGUAGAAAGGUCAUAUAGAAAGAAACAAAAGGACAAAACCACUUUUUAAGAGAAAUCGGUUGAAAUUAAAGGACCAAUAUGGCAACUAGGUGGUAGGAAAAACUCCAGUAGCAUUGCUUGAGAGACAAAUUACUGAUUGGGAAUUUUCAUUGUCAAUAGGCUUCCAGUAGGGUCUUUUUUUUUUUUUUUUUUUUAAAGAUUUUAUUUAUUCAUGAGAGACAGAGAGAGAGAGAGAAGCAGAGGGAGAAGCAGGCUCCCAAGGAGCAGGGAGCCCGAUGCGGGACUCGAUCCCAGGACCCCGGGAUCAUGACCUGAGCCGAAGGCAGACGCUUAACCAUCUGAGCCACCCAGGCGCCCUUCCAGUAGGGUCUUAUUUCUUCCUUUGUUCUCCCUGUAUUGAGGAACAACGCAUUCUCCCACUCUCUUUCUCUUGUUCUUUACUGUGAAGCUCCUAAAUGUUCUGGGUGGUUUGGCUUCCCUGGCUAAAGAAGUCUCAGUUCUUACUUUCCAUUUCUAUUUUAUAACCAUUUAUUUGGUUCCAUUUGCCUCUAAGCAUUUAUCAAAUCAGGAUCUCACCUUUCUGUUCCUCCCUUCAUUCCUAGGCACCAGCCCUUUCAAAGCCCGUUCCUAUCAAUCUGGGCUAUCAACCAAACUGACUUUCCCAGGCUGUUUUCCCAUUUUUCUGCUUACUUUUCCCAGACUCCCAUACUAACCACGUUUUUGUGCAUCCCUUUGGCUUCUACCUGGUUCUGCUUCUUGAUGCCAAUGUUUAUUCUUGCAAAAGUCAUUAUGUGUGGGUGUAUAGCAGUGUAAGAACCUCAGAGCGGAAGAGCUGAUCUUCUCAUUAAAUUUAAGUGCAAUAAAUACAUGUAUUCAGUGGAUUAAUAUAAGAAAAGCCUAUCAAAUAUUGCAUAUGUAAACAUUUCUUCUCUGAAACUUAUGGUUGCUUUCUAAUGUAGAAUACCUUAACAAAACCAAAAUUUUAAAUGUAACAGCAACCCCUAAAAAAAUUGAGGCCAUCCCAUAUUGCCUCUCACUUUUGACUUUUAUUUAUCCAUCCCCUUUAUUAGAAAGGGAAAAAUGAAAAUCAAAAGCAAAACACUGUAUUUCUUUGUUUUACACCAACCAGAAGCAAUCUCAAAAGAAUACGUGUUGACUCAGGUUUAGAAGUGUUCCAGGAAGAAAAAUAUUGAUAUUCUGAUUAAUAUUUUAAUUAUCCAAAUAUGUCGAAAGGGAACUGUGUGCUGGUCAUUCUAGCUUGUAUUUAUCUACUGAUUUCUAUACAAUAUAAGUGCUUUUCUGAUACUCUUUUCCAAAUAUUAAAGACUUUUAAAUUAAAAAUGAUUAAUACCUCUCA